AUGGAGUGUCGAUGCGUGUCGGUCUCAGCUGACGGCAAUGGGCUCUUCAAUGAGUGUGUCUCUCCAACGGACCUGACGUUUGUGGCUGUGGACGGAGGUGAUACCUUCACGAUCGGCCGAUGCAAGGCAGUGGCUUGCGGCUCGAAUCACGCGUUGGUGCUGACCGAUUCGGGUCGCGUCGUAGCCUGGGGCUGGAACAGCUCAGGUCAAGUUGCGGCUGCUUCCAAGGAAAUGGUACAAACUCCGACGAUCGUAGAAUUUCCCAAGGCAGUGGAGAUUGUCGCGGUCGCUGCCGGGGGAAUGCACUCGCUCGCAGUUGACUCAUGUGGUCGCGUCUGGGCGUGGGGAUGCAAUACUUACGGUCAGUUGGGCAUUGGCUGUGAGAUGGACAAGCUUCAUACUCCUUCAUUGGUUGCAUUACCGGCCGAUGUCCACGCUCAGCGUAUCGCUGCCGGGUGGGCACACAGUGCAGUGAUCUUGACAUCAGGCGAGAUCUUCACUUUUGGCUGGGGGCUGUACAACCAGCUAGGCCACAGCACCACGCAGAGCGAGCUUCAGCCAGUUAUUGUCGACGCUCUUCAAGGACUCGACAGCAACAUCGUGCAGGUCGCGUGUGGCAAUUGGCACACAGCAGCACUGACAGAGUCCGGUGAUCUGUACACGUGGGGCUGGGGAAAGGAUGGUCAACUGGUGCGUUCUUGA